ACCUGCAUCUGCCAACAAGACUGGAAGCAGGUGAGGCACACAGAAGGGGAGGCCCGCAGCUGCGCGGGAGGAGGGGUGGUCUGAGGGACAUGGGAUGCCGGGAAUUAGGUUGGUUUGCAGGUCGGCGCAUGGACAUUUUCCCAGGAACGGACAGAGACGGCGAAGUUUGACGGUCUGGAAAGCAGAGAUCAGCGGGGCUGACUGCUUGGGAGCACCAAGUAUCCGGACAGCGCCUCUCGGGGGUUCCAAGGAGAGAACCGCGAUCUGUUUCAGCACCGGGGCCCAGGACAGUUCCCAGCGGGCUCCGUUUCGGCGCCAGAACCCUGGACAGCUCCCCCAGCUUGGAAUGUACUCCCCCCACCUCCACCCAGAGCUCCCCACAACUGACCCUGCCUUCUUCUGCAAGCUCUGUUUCAUCAAGGGAAAUGAUCCUUAUUGCCUCACCAUUGCCUACGUGAAGUCUGUAUUGACAUUCUCAUAG